AACCGGGCAGAAAAAGACUAAUGUGACUAACGGGUCCUGCAUGCGUGGUACCUUGAUUUGGAUCUACAGGAAUGUAGGCUCUAAGCAGUGCUGCAGCUCUGCCAGCCUCUUGCCUGACACUGGAACUGCUGCUCACAAAGUAGGAUCCUGCUGCUCUUUGGUAGGAAGGAUAGAGAAAGAACAUGGCCUGCAUUUUGAAGAGAAAGUCCAUUGUUGCUGUGAGUUUCAUUGCAGCAUUCCUCUGUCUGAUCAUCGUUCGUCUCACAAAUGAAGUAACUUUCCCUUUGAUCCUAAACUGCUUUGGACAAACCAGAGUCAAGUGGAUCCCAUUUUCUAAUGGCCAAAGGCAGCCUCUGAAAACUCAUUAUGGAUAUAUAAAUGUAAAAACACAAGAGCCUCUACAACUUGACUGUGACCUCUGUGCCAUUGUUUCAAACUCGGGACAGAUGGCUGGCCAGAGGGUGGGCAUCGAGAUAGACAAGUCCUCCUGCAUAUGGAGGAUGAACAAUGCUCCCACAAAGGGCUAUGAGGAAGAUGUUGGGAAGAGGACAACUGUAAGAGUGGUCUCUCACACCAGUGUGCCUCUCCUGCUUAAGAAUCCUGAGUACUUUUUCAAAGAAACCAACAACACCGUUUACGUGAUCUGGGGUCCUUUCCGAAACAUGAGGAGGGAUGGAAAUGGCAUUGUGUACAACAUGCUGAAGAAAACUGUUGACAGCUACCCAACUGCCAAAAUCUACGUGACAACGGAGAAGCGCAUGAGCUACUGCGACGCGAUAUUCAAGAGGGAGACAGGAAAAGACCGAGUCCAGUCGGGUUCAUAUCUCAGCACGGGUUGGUUUACCUUAAUUUUGGCUAUGGAUGCCUGCUAUGGAAUUCACGUCUAUGGGAUGAUAAAUGACACCUACUGCAAGUCAGAAGGCUUUCGUAAAGUUCCCUACCACUAUUAUGAGCCAGGAAGAGAUGAGUGUGAGGAAUACUUUCUCCAUGAAAAUGCUCCAUAUGGAGGCCACAGGUUUAUCACGGAAAAGAAAGUAUUUGCUAAGUGGGCCAAGAAGCACACGAUAAUAUUUACACAUCCCAACUGGACAGUGUCUUGAUACUGGUUUACUUAACUCUCCCUUAACAACAUAUUACAAAAAUGUCUCAGUUUACAAUAGUUUUGCUUACAUCUGGCUGGCCUUUCUCAGCCUAGGUAACACUAAACUAAAAACCAGAAGACAAAGAGGGUGGUGGUUCAGCUGUUAAGCAAAAUUAAUCAUCUGUGGAAGGCAGACACAUUGUUUGUUAUUUCUUAGGGUUUUAAUCCACACUAUGCACUUUAUACUUUAACUGGAUUUUACUUCAAGGCAGGAGCAGUUAAAGACAGGUAAGAUUCCUGUAUAUACAGGUGCACACAGAGAACAUGGUGGUCCUUUGAAAAUUGUCUAUCAUCAUCUCAGAUAUUUAAAAUUAUUAUUUGCAGCUCAUUUGCUGUACUGCAGCACUAGUUCCAUUUGUGGUAUCGGUAGAAAUUUUCAACAAGAGAAAUGUGAGAUAAAAUACAGACCUCCGAGGUCCAUAAGUGAGCAAAUUUUAAAAAACAUCUGAAUAUAUUGAUACACCUUAUCAAUAUAUUGUGAGCAUUUGCAUAUAUGAUAAAAUUAGAGAUGAGCUAAGCAUGGUUCUUGAACUGUACUCAACUCUUGAAUGAGAAGUUAUUACCUACUCAAGACUCCUGAUUAAUUCAUAACUUCUGAAAUGCAGCUUCCUUCCACCCAGGGCAGUCUGCACCAUCUGGGACUGUGUAGUUUGUGCUUUUUGAAGCUGUUGUCCCACAGUUCAGCUCCAGCAGAAUGGCACUUGGCAAAGAUUGUGUUUUGCAGCCCACGAUGAACCUUUGGCUGUUGUACCAAGCCUGCUGUCAGUACUCAGGCUGGUGAGUGAAAAGUUGUCUCAUGAAUAUCUCCAUUUACUCCAGUUGUGCAUUUAACUAGCUCCAACAUCCAAAUAACAGUAUUUUGACAGUAUUUCCCAUGCAGCCAUCAUAAUUUAUUUUAGAUCUCCAGUUUCUCCAUCUUUAAAAACAAGGAUAGUGUCUGUCUACCUCACAAGAGAGUUGUGAGGACUAAUUUAAUUUAAUUUAAAGCACUUUCCUCAUGCAGAAUGCUCCAGAUCAUUUAUUCUUAACUCAAAAACAAUGGUACCUGUCAUUUAUUCUUGUCUGUUGGGUAUUUGAAGAAAGUGACAGUGUGUCUGGCUCUGAUGGCAAAUUGUUCUGUGCAUCCGCUUUCCUACUGAGGAUAAUUUGUAAUACUGAGUUCUAUCAGCUUGCAUUUCUUCAGAUGAAGUUGGAAGAACUCCCCAUCUCACAGAAUUAAUAAGCACAUUAAAAGGCAGUUCAAGAAUCUUAAAAUAUACUCAUCUCUAGUUUAAGUAUGUAUUUCCAAGCUUACUGUCUUGGAAAGUUUUCAACUGCAGCAGACUCAAUUGUCAUAUGACCAUAAUUCAACUACACAUGUGAGUCUUAUUUAAACUGUAUUUAAACUAAUGCUUUAAGUUUAGAAUGUGUCCUAUGAAUAUUUAACAUCUGGAAUGUCAGAUCAACACUGUAAUAGCCAAUACUGUGAACACUUGAAGGAAUUACGUGUGGAACAUGUCACACAGGGUUUACUCACACUACUUAAACAUUAACCAACAGGAAACUUUGUAUGCUUUUGUAAAUCAAGAAAAGGGGAAAGUAAAAAGCUAUUUUUACAUGUAAGUAUUUGUAUACUGACUAUUUCCUAUUGUAUAUUUGUAUAUAUAAAUCUAUAUUUUAUAUGUUCAUUGCAUAUAUAUUCUCUCAUCAUCAACAGCUCCAACUCAUAGGAUGGGGAGGAAAUCUCUUCACCAGUAUUCCUCCUCCUGAUCAUUGAUUUCUUGUUCCUGUCAAUAGGUGAUUCCAGGGUAUCAUUUCUGUUGUCCCUUCUAUUUUCUUCCAUAAAUGCAGCUCUCUGAUUUUAUUUUUUAAUAUAGCUCAGCUUUCACUGCUUUCUUUAGUACUCUACAUAUUUGUUCUGGUUGUCAGACAAAGGCUGGGGCCAUGCUUAUGAUCUUGGAUAAACACCUAUAUUCAAGCACAGGCUUUGUCCCGGGUUUCUGGCAUGACUUAAUGUCUCACCUUCCUGCUUGGAAAAGGAGAGCAAUAGUAUUUUCCUACUCCUUUUCUUGACUGACUUUCUUGAAAGCUGUUGAGAUAAAUAUUCCCAUUUUCAACCUACUUGUACAAUGCUUUGAAUAAAAGGUGCCCAAAGGGUCUGAAAAUCACAGGCAAUGCUGUGAUAUACAAGUAAUAAAAAGUGCCCGAUUCUUCAGUUGUGGGCUGAUACAACAUGGGAUGAAAUCAAAAAGGGGGGAAAGGGUCAUGACUGGAUGAAGAGCUGUAGUAACAAAACCAGAUUUAUCACCAUAUGCAUCUUUUCAGUUCAGAUGGGUGGCUGGAUAUAUAGAAUGCUAAUAAAAAUUGUGAGGUGGGAUUUGAAAAAUGUAGGACAUGCAGAAUUAGGGAGAAUGUUCCACACAUAUUUUACAGGGCAGCCUGGGAAAUCCUGUCAUUCCCUUGAGGGAAGAGGAACUCAAAAGAAGGACAUCAGCCAACUGAACUUCUGUUUAGAAGGUUCCUGGUUUAAUAGAAAACUACCAUGAAAGUGCUGCACAUGGAAAUUUUUUUGGGCUGCACAGACUUACAUUGAAGUGUCCUCAUGAGUGUUUCUCCCCUCAAGUGUUUCUCCCCAGUGAAGAUAAGGAUUCUCCCUGAGUUGUGUUCACCUUCAAGGUGGUUUUUAAGCCUAAGAAAGUUUUUAAGAUAAUUAAUACAUGCCAAUUCACCAUAAAUGUGUUGUAAAAUAUGUGCUUCGUUCUAAAGCUCUUCGAAGAGUGAUUUGAGGAGUGCAUUCUUCAUUAAACACUAUCACAAAGGAUAGCUAAGAAAAAUACAGCUCUAAGAACAUCUAAAUGUACACAAAAUUCAGAACACAAUUAGAGUUCAGGUGUCACAGAGCAAAGUAAGUGUUGCUCUCUGCCUGGAUUUGCACUAAGAGCAGAUCCACUUUAGAAACAUUGCAGCAGGCUUCAUUCAUACUAGAGGAAAUGAACAUCAGUUCUCUUACUUAAAUGAGCCUGUCCUUAGCAUAAGUUAAACUAUAUUUACAUGAUUUUUAUUAUAUGAGUAAGUAACUGUGACCACUGUGUUAAAGAUGAUUCUACAAAGAAAUUACUUGGUUGAAAUCUGUUGAAAACCAGCUUUGGUACUAAAGAAAGAAUGUCAGUACUUGGAUGCAUGUAAGGGAUCUUAGUGGUUCACCUGAGAGCAGUGAAGAAAUCAGCUGAGAAUCACUUAUUAAUUCUUUAAGAUAAAACUACCACAGUUUACCUGAAUGUAAUCACAUCCUAAUUGCUUAUUCAUUCAAGCAGUCCUAUUUUAAUCAACUACUCAUGAGUGUAAAACAAGCAGGGAGUUUACCUGAGGUUUUCAAAAUGCAUUUUGAAAUUUGCUGCUAAUAGAGGAAUGCUCAAAUAUAGUUUGGCCUUUUUUUGCCAUCAGUGAGCUGAGCAGUCACCAAAAGUUUCUUUUAAAUUGUAGGGAUGAUUUAAAUAAACUUUUUUUUUUAAAAAAACGAGGGGGGUAAAGACAUAAAUGGCUUGGUUUUAAUAAAUGUUUAAAUUUUAAUAUACUUUAUGUUUUAUGUUGCAUUAUCGCUGACUUUGUUUUCAAAAUAGAAAGUUUUAAAUAGGAGCAGAAAUUUUCAUUAAAAAAAAUCUUUUUGACUGGCUAAUUACUACUCAUAGAUAAUUGACUGAAUAAAAUUAAAAAGUGUUGUUUCUUCUUUCCAAAUUGACAUAACAGACAUCAUCCAAACCUUUUCAUCCCCAUUAGAUGUCCAGAUCACAUCCUUCUGCUUAUACCAAGGCCUCUUCUCAGAAAGAAAAAAUUAGUCUACAUAUCCAGCCAAAUUCCCUUUCCAUCUGGGCUGGGAGGCUCCAUCUGCAGACUGCUCCUAUCAGUUACCUCAGUAAACGGGAAGGACUGAUGGGGAGCUCUGUUCAGGAGCAGAUGGUGUUCCAACUUCUAAAAAAUGCCCCUAAAGUGCUUUAGGCAAGGAGUACCCGUUGAUCUCUCUUGGAAAUACUUUACUAAAGUGUUCAGUUUCUUCAAAUGACUUUAGCUCCUGCGUAGAAUAAUUUUCCUACUGUCUCUAGUAGGAAUUAUCAGCAAUGGAAAAGCAUGCCCUUUACAGGAAAAAAAUGGAGGCAAAUUCUGUGUUGUUAAAUAUUUCCAUAUAAACACCACUAGGGAUGAAGAAGUCAGCCUGACACAAAUUAUCUGAACACUCACUGAUUUAGGAAUCUCUGAGGACUUUCUCCAAAACUAAUGGAAGUGGUUUUGGCAAGUUCAUGAAUACAGCAGGUACCCCAGUAAAACCUUUGCACUCCUGGGUGCUAAGGUCAGCAGUGUUUUUUCUGGGAAGUACCAUGUGCACAUAAUGCAUUGCAGAAUUAAUAAAGAGAAGCCCAUCCAGCUCUUGGAGGGCUGAUGCUGAUGGUCUUCCAUUAUUCACCUGCUUGUGGGCUGGACUGAAGUAGGACCCCACACAAAGAUAGCUGUCAGCAGAGCACAGAUGCUAAACCAGAAGACGUGUCCGGGUAAGUAAGAAUUAAAUAAGUAAUGCCUUGUGAUUUAUAACUGGAUGAUGGUCUUAAUAAAAAAUCAGAACCAGUUUACAUAUUAAUGCUUAUAAUUUGCUGUCCUUUUUUCUGCAUGUAUGUCAAAAACUGUGUGUCUUUAGUUGUGUUCAGGCAAGCCUGGGGUUUGUUCAUGAUGAUCCUUAUGGCACCCACAAGAGUGAACCUUGGUGGUAAUAUCACACAGGAGCUGUCUGUGGCCAUUGUGAUGUACUGUGAGCAACAGUCAUAUAUUUAAUUUAAAAAGUCCUGUUUUUCCUGACUGUAUUUAGUUCAUUUGGAGAGGAACUGUUUCAUUUUCAAUAGAUGUGUCUCAUUCUGUCCCUUCUUUCCUGAGAGGAUGCACAGGAAUGAAACUUAACCAUAGAGCAGAGAAGGCAGCCACCAGAUUAAUUUAUAUUUUUCUGGCUAUUGCUGUGAUGUAUAUAGCUAAAGUCAUAGGGAAGGGGAAGCUUUUUGUAAACCUUGUCUAGCAAAAUCUACAGAAGGCUCGUGUGUCUGUUCUGGAUUGGAGUCUCCUAGUCAAACCCUCUAAAAGGGUUGAAGGAGAAAGAAAAGGUCUCUCUCUAUUGAAAGACAAGUCUUCUGUGGAAGCCACACUAACACGUGUGGCACACCUGGGUCUGCUCCCUCAGCUUUUGUAGGUCCCCAGCUGCAGCUUUGGGCCCUUUCCAGCCCCACUGGAGCAGAAUUCCCGUCUGACUGACACAGGCUGUGAUCCACACGAAGCCUGCCCAUCCUCCCUUCUGUGGAUCAGGCAGGUGCUGAACCUGCCCUGGGGCUGCAGUGUCAGGGAGGGACACACUUGGCAGCCAGCAGCGUGAUUUGCUUGGGGCA